GUUAUUUUUAUUCUGGUCUUUCAGGGAUCCGACCAUUAAAAAGUGGGGGUGUCAGUCUGUCAGAGGUCGGACUCCGGAGGCGAAACCCGUAACUCGAAUGCGUGCUUGAGCCUUGAUGGCUUGAGGAUAUGCCUCGGCACAGAAGAUGGCCGCCACCUGCUAUAGCCACAACUACUUUCUGCGGCUGGUUCUAUCUUGCCGGAAAAUCACAGCCCAGGUCACUAAUACUUCGACAUCAUCCAUCAUAGCCAUGGCUUCAUCUUCCGAGCAAGAAUUCGUUGCCCAUUACCGUGCCAAACUCAAUCGCUUUCCCAGAUCCCAUCACUUUUGGGACGCCAAGAUCGCCUCUCGGGUCGGCGAGAAGCUAGGGUUCCGCCUCAAAGAAAUUGGGGUCAACGCGGUGGAAAUUGACGUUCUUGAAGAGCAAUCCCGGCCGGUUCAUUAUCGAAUGAUGGUCUUACCGCUGUUCGACUCCGUCAAACGUGCCGGUGUGGAGGUUGCCGGAGUCGACAGAUUGCCUGGUGGCUUACGACCAUGAGUAAGUUUUUUUUUUUUGGGUAAAAAUUUGGGGCGUUGUUUUUGGGAUUUCAACUAGAUAGCGUCGCUGUAGAAACUAAAAGUGGUGAGGUUAUUUUUCGUUUCAAAAUUUUAAGAGUAGGAUAUUCAAAAUAAUUUGGAAAUUAAUUGUGAAAGAUUAGAUAGCAACACUUUUCGUUUGGAUGUUUCGUUCAACAAUUCGGAAAUUUCAAAUAACAAAAGGGGGGAGGGGAGCGGUUGGAUGAUUUGUUUUAAAAGCACAUGAUCAUAGUCUUGGACCAAUUAUUCACAUUGAACACAGAAAGUUGUGGGAGUGUGCAGAGAGUCUAUCGGAAUCUUUAAGGCUCUGACAGCUGCAGGAAAGAGUUACCUUGCUGAGGCAUUAGAGAUAAGUGAUCAGUCAGAAAGUGUUUUUAUCUCAAACUACUGCUAGUUUCAUAUGAUUUCAUUUUGUAUUAGAUAAACAUCUGGGUCAAGCUUCGUUCUUUUCUUACCA